CUUGGCGGUCGCUUUCUCUCUGCCCCUCGUGAAGAUGGCUUCGCGCGUGGGACCUCGAGCCACGGGAACCGAUGGCAGCGACUUCCGGCACCGGGAGCGCGUGGCCGAGCAUUACCAAAUGAGUGUAUCUCUCAAAUCUGAGAUUAAGAAGUUGAUCUACAUGCAGGUGGGCCUGUGGCUGUUGGUGGCAGCACAGAUGUGCGUAGCUCACUUCAAACUUCUACCCCAUGACAAGGUGGCCAUGCCUUACCAGUGGGAGUACCCAUACUUGCUCAGUAUCAUCCCUUCCCUCUUUGGCCUCUUCUCCUUCCCCCGAAACAACAUCAGCUACUUGGUGAUCUCCAUGAUCAGCACCGGCCUCUUCUCGGUGGCGCCUCUCAUCUACGGCAGCAUGGAGAUGUUCCCGAUGGCUCAGCAGCUCUACCGCCACGGCAAAGCUUACCGUUUCAUCUUCGGCUUCUCUGCGGUCUCGGUCAUGUAUUUAUUGGUGGUGGUGGCGGUGCAAGUUCAUGGCUGGCAACUUUAUUAUAGCAAAAAGCUCUUGGACUCCUGGUUCACCAGCACUCAGGAGAAGAAGAAGAAGUAGUAAACAAAGGGGUUGGCAGCUGCAUGCAUCAACACUCGCUUUGGAUCGAGGGAUGGGGAAGAGGGAGAGGUCUCCUGAGGGAGAGGGAGUUGGUGCUCUUGGGUUUCUCUCACAUUCAUACUGAGCAAGUGGGAGAUCCAGGGGUUCCAGCUGCCUGAGUUGAACUGGGUUCGGUUGUUUUUCUGCUUGUGUGACUUACAACUGGGAGUUGUAGGCUUGGGUAGUCCCGCUUUGGAAGGGAUCCUUCCAAAGGAGAGGCAGUUGAUAUCCUUUAGAGCAGGGGUGUCAAACUCACGGCUCACGGGGCGGAAGCAUCACAUGCUGGCCACGCCCAACCCCCUUUUUAGUGAAGGGGGGGGGAAAUUGCGAUACGUCACAUGACGGCAACGUGUUUGACAGCCCUGUUUUAGAGAAAUGCUUUCCUCACUUGACUUAGGCAGAUGAGACUUGCUGGAGUCUCCUGUUGGUCUGAACGAACCAAUGUUGAGCUAUGCCACAUGCACUUUAAAAGAUUCACCUGUGCACUAUCUUGAAUUAAACUGUGAAUAAUUGGAUCCUAGUAGAAAUAGGAAAGCAGCACACAAGGCCAGGAACCCCCUCCCUCACUCCCCUUCCCCUCCCUCACUCCCUUCCUUGCUUCCCCCACUUCAGAAUAUUAUAUGAUCCAACCCAGUCAAAAGAUGUUUGUUGUGUGUGCUCAUGCUCCCAGGAGCAGCUACUUACCCUGGCGGUAAGAGCUGCCAAUUUUACUCUUUCUCCAGCCCUACCAACAUGGGAUUGGUAUAUGUCAAGCACUGAGGCCUCCCCUGCUGAAUUUCCCCUCAGCUUGACUUGCUGUCUUCCCCUGUAGGGCCCAACCAUGGAGGGCCCAACCACGUUCCAGGGACUGUUUGCCUUUUUUUAACAAGCUGUCUAGGUGUUCCAGGAAUGGCUGCCGCCACCCAUCUCUGCUCUCAUGCUUGUGAACCAAAUAAAGUGCUAUCUUAAAAGUCCUGCGCCAAGGUCUUUUAUGGAUUGGAAGUGGGUGGGUGAUGGCUGUGAUAGGCAGCUGAUAGCAGUUAUAUCAGUGUUUCUUAACCUUGGGUACUGUAAGGUGUGUGGACUUCAACUCCCAGAAUUCCACAGUCAGCCUAGCUGGCUGGGGAAUUCUGGGAAUUGAAGUCCUCACUUCUUAAACUGGCUAUGGUUGAGGAAAACCGAAGUGCAUGCAGCAUAUUUUUUUUCUUCCAUUCUAGCUUCCUAGCAGAUGGUCUUUAACUCAAGCUCUCGUUCAUUCUGGCAAUAGCCACUGGCCAUUAGGACCAAUAGGCAGCAAGAGCGCAAACAUUUCUCAAUUUGCAUUGUAUUAAGACAGCCCUUUUUUCUGCUGAGGGCUACAGGCAACCUGAUGGACAGAUGGGCAAUGGGAAAAACUAAAGUCAAAUUUAAGCAGAUUCUUUGCCCCCCUCUCUCUCUUCUCUUUCUCCCUGCUCAUCAGGUUGCCAGCUAAGGAGCAAAUAUUCAGGUGUAUCUGUCCAUACAUGUUUAAAAACAUGCCAUGCACAUCAGGGGUGGGUUCCUACCAGUUCGCACCAGUUCGGUAGAACCGUUUCGUCAAAUCUACCGAACCAGU